GUUAUGGCUCAUCAACCCACGAUCGUAAUAAUAGCCCGCCACCACAACAACAACAGCAACAACAAAAUGCUGUACAAAACUCAAUGCUGCCACCCGCUCAUGCAAACCAACAACAACAAAAUGCCACAACGGCUGCCCAACCCAGCAGCCUAUCGCCCAAUAGUGCUAAUAGUAAUACUAACAACAACAAUAAUAACAACAACACUGGUGCCAAUCUCAACUACAUGCAAAUGUCGAUGCGUAAUUCAGCUGUUGCCGCUGCCGCCUUCUACAAUCAACAUCAAAUGAAGGAGGAACCCGGUACCCAAACAGCCUAUGGUAAUCUCGCUGGCUCGAAUUCCGCCAAUGAUCCCACCGAUCUCACAACACAAUUUGGCCUAUCGCCUGCCCAUUUGGCCAAUGCCAAUGCUGUGGCAGCAGCCGCCGCUGCUGCUUCUUCUGGUUACGAUGAUAGUGAUUAUCACAGUACCACCAUGUCGUCACAGGAUCAUCAAGGCCAGGCCACCAACAAUUAUUUAGAUAACAAUCCCGCCGAUUUUUAUGGUCUAAAUGUUGAACAGAAAUACAAUGCCUAUGGCCGUUCAAGAUUUCAUGAUGCCUAUUCACCGGAAUUUUCACCCUAUGAUACACCCCAAUUUCCCAGUAUGGCAGCACAGGCCGAUCAAUGGGCCAGCCAUCAUGGAGCUCAACAUCCAGCUGCUUAUCUCUCGUCCAUGUGUUUGGAUAAGGCUUUAUUAGGUGGCUAUUCCACACAGGGUGGUGUACCAUGUUUCCAAGGCUCGGGACCCAUUCAGCUAUGGCAAUUCUUAUUGGAAUUGCUGAUGGAUAAGACAUGUCAGGGAUUCAUUUCGUGGACCGGUGAUGGUUGGGAAUUUAAAUUAACCGAUCCAGAUGAGGUUGCCCGCCGUUGGGGUAUACGCAAAAAUAAACCAAAAAUGAAUUAUGAAAAGCUAAGCCGAGGCCUACGUUAUUAUUAUGAUAAAAAUAUUAUUCACAAAACAGCGGGUAAACGUUAUGUUUAUCGUUUCGUUUGUGAUCUGCAAGGUUUAAUUGGUUGUUCACCCGAAGAAUUGUGUGCUAAAUAUGACCUCAAAACCGAAAAGAAGGAUGAUGAUUAA